UAUUUCAUUGUGACCCAUACCAAAAGAAAUUAGUAAAACAUUGAGAAAUUUGCCCUUUCCUUUCCUCACAAAUCAUUCUAGGGUUCCUAAAAGUUCCCAGUUUUCCUUUUUCUCUUUCCAUUUUUGUUGAGUUUCAGCUCUUGCUUCUCCUCCUCAACUUUGAUGUCUUCCUUUAAUUUAUCCACGUAUCUUUAAAAUUUACCAUUUCCUGAGAUAUCUUAGUCUUAAAUUAAAAUUUUCUUCACUAUAUAUUAGCUUAUCUCUUCUUCAUUUUCUCUGCCGACACUUGAUCUUUCUCUCUCUUCGGAAUAAAAAGAAGAAAAAAAGUCAAAAGAAGAAAAAUGGUGAGAGGAAAGAUAGAGAUGAAGAAAAUAGAAAACGCGACGAGUAGACAAGUGACUUUCUCAAAAAGAAGAAAUGGUUUGCUGAAGAAAGCUUAUGAGCUCUCAGUACUCUGUGAUGCUCAAGUUUCUCUCAUUGUUUUCUCUCAGAGAGGAAGGCUUUACGAAUUUUCCAACUCUGACAUGUGGAAGACGAUCGAACGUUACCGCAAGUACACAAAAGAUCAUGAAACCAACAACCAUGACUCAGAAAUUUACGUCCAGCGAUUAAAGGAAGAAGCAAGCCACAUGAUCACAAAGAUUGAACUCCUUGAAUUUCACAAGCGGAAGCUACUGGGUCAAGAACUUGCUUCGUGUUCUCUAGAAGAGCUUCAAGAAAUUGAUAGUCAACUCCAAAGAAGUUUGGCCAAGGUCCGAGCAAAAAAGGCGCAAUUGUUCAGGGAGCAAUUGGAGAAGCUAAAAGCAAAGGAGAAACAAUUGUUAGAAGAGAACGUCCGGUUACAUCAAAAGACUGUUUUAGAACCAUGGAGAGGGUCGACUGAUCAACAAGAGAAAUUCAGAGUCAUAGAUCUUAAUUUGGAAGUAGAAACUGAUUUAGUCAUCGGUUUGCCAGAGAAGCACUGCAAAUAACAUUAUCUUAUAUGUUCUUUAACCAAAACAAUAUAAUAUUUUAUGUUUGUAUUUUCAUCAUCAAAUCUGUAAAAUUCUUCAAUAAAUUGCGAGUUAAUGAUUUGUAAUAUUAUCUUAUGAUUUUAAUCCUUA